AUGGGUAUGGCUAUCACAGCUUACAAAAUUAAGCAUGCUGGAGAUAGAUAUGCUGCUUCUUUAAUUAUUUCUGGUUUCACAGGAAUGUUAAAAAAUUGGUGGGAUAAUUAUCUCUCUGAAGAUAAUAGAGCCCAAAUUUUAGGAGCCAUAACCAUAGGUUCUGUAAUGAAAAUGGAAGGAAAUAACCAAGUAGUCAUUGAGGAAGCAAUGGAAGAUGCUUCAGCAACACUAAUUUACAGUAUUGCUAAACACUUCAUUGGAGAACCAAAACUUUUCCAAGAUAGAAGUUUAGAAUUAUUAAACAAUCUUAAAUGCCCCAAAUUAGAUGAUUUUAGGUGGUAUAAAGAUAUGUUCUUAGAGAAAGUUAUGAUAAGAGAAGAGUUCGUGGUAAUGAUUUACGAAAAAGAAAGAUUUAUUAGCGGUCUACCUUCAUUAUUCGCCGAAAAGGUUAGAACCAAAAUCAAGGAUAGGUUCAAUGGAAGAAUCCCAUAUGAAAACCUUACCUAUGGAGAUAUAAUUAGUUAUAUUAAUGUAACGGGAUUGGAUCUAUGCACAGAUUUAAAACUAAAACAUUUCUUGAAAAAAGAUCAACAACAAUCUCGAAAGGAUUUAGGGAGCUUUUGUCAAGACUUUGGUUUUGAGAAAAUCUCUGCUCCAUCCAAAAAAUCGAGUAAAAUAGUAAAGAAAUCUACUACUUCAAAACCUCAUUAUAGGAAAAAGAAGAAUAUUCGGAGAGCGAUAAAAAAGCGCAUCAUGGAAGGAUUAAUACCUACUAAAUAUUUGGAAAAGAGUACUUCUAAGUUAUACUCCGCCACUGGAGAAAAACUGAAAAUAGAUUACAAAUUAUCUAAAGCCCACAUCUGUAAUGAUGGAAUUCGUUUUAUCAAUAAUUUUGUGGUUACCCAAGAUAUAAAUGAACAAGUUAUUUUAGAAACCCCAUUUAUAACUCAGAUAAAACCUUAUUAUGCUGGAUUAGAUGCAAUCUAUACCACCAUCUUAGGAAAGGAAAUUAGAUUUCGUUAUUUAUCUACUAUUUCUCAGGAUGAAAGUGAUUUUGUUAAAUCAAAAACCAUUUUCAAAAUAUGUUUAUUGUCUAAUCAGAUUUCAUACUUAAAAGAUGAAAUUAAGAUUAAAAAGAUCGAACAAACUUUAAAAACCCCGGUGAUAGAAAGGAAAAUAGCAAGUUUUCAAGAAAAACUUGAACAUGAAGUUUGUUCAGAAUUACCAAACGCUUUUUGGGAAAGAAAGCGACACAUUGUUGAACUACCAUAUAUUGAUGGAUUCAAUGAACAGGCUAUCCCUACAAAGGCAAGGCCUAUCUAA